UACAUUGGACUACUGCCACCAUGGAAAGGGCAGCAUUUUGUUCUCACAGGAACAGACACUUACUCUGGAUACUGAUUUGCUUUCCCUGCACCCAAUGCUUCUGCCAAAACUACCAUCCAUGGAUUUACAGAAUGCCUUAUCCACCAUCAAGGUAUCCCACACAGUAUUGCCUCGGAUCAAGGGACUCACUUCACAGUAAAUGAAGUGCGGCAGUGGGCCCAUUCUCGUGGAAUUCACUGGUCUUACCACGUUCCCCAUCACCCUGAAGCAGCUGGCUUGAUAGAACGAUGAAAUGGCCUUCUAAAAACACAAUUAUGGCAUCAGCAAUACCUUGCAGGGCUGAGACAAUAUUCUCCGGGAGGCUAUAUAUGCUCUAAACCGGUGUCCAAUAUAUGGUGCUUUCUCCCAUAGCCAGGCUUCACGGGUCCAGGAAUCAAGGGGUGGAAAUGGGAGUGCCACCACUCACUCUUACCCCUAGUGACCCACUCAUAAACUUUUUGCUUCCUGUCCCGUAACCCUCUGCUCUGUGAGUCUAGAGGUCUUAAUUCCAAAGGGAGGAAUGUUUCCACAGGGAGAAACAACACCAAUUCCGUUGAACUGGAAGUUAAGAAUGUCACCAGCCACUUUGGGCUGCUCAUGCCUGUGGAUUAACAGGGAAAGAAGGGAAUUACUGUAUUGGUUUGUGUGAUUGAUCCUGAUUACCAAGAGGAAAUCAGAUUGGUAUUACAUAAUGGAGGUAAAGAAGAGUAUGUCUGUAAUACAGGAGAUUCCUUAGGCUGUCUCUUAGUACUACCAUGGCCUGUGAUUAAAGUCAAUGGAAAAUUACAACAACCCAAUUCUGACAUGACUAAUAAUGGUCCAGACCCUUUGGAAAUGAAGGUUUGGGUCACUCCAUCAGGCAAAGAACUGUAACCAGCUGAGGUGCUUGCUGAAGGUAAAGGGAAUACAGAAUGGGUGGUGGAAGAAGGUAGUUCUAAAUAUUGGUUACAACCAUGUGACCAGUUGUAGAAAUGAGGACUGUAAUUGUUUUAUUUCUUCCUUGUAUGUAUGCGUCAAAUAUUUUUGUUUUCUUCACUUACAAAAUACAAGAUGUAAACAGGGCUAGUGUGUUUUCAGUUGUAUGCUUGUUAGUUGUAUCAUGUUAGGCAUAAGUAUGACUUUAUGAUUGUCUUCAUUUAGAGAUUGUGUAUGGUUUAGGUAGAUGUGUGCAAGUGCCAACUUGACAAGGGGUGGAUUAUGAUGGUUAAGGUUGUGGUUCAAAUUGGCUGGGCCAUGAUUCUCAGUGGUUUGACAGUUAUGAUGCAGUUUGGCAGCUCUGUAAUGAUGUAAUCACCUCCAUAAUGAGCUCUGGUAUAAUGUAAUCAUCUCCAUGAUGAAAUCUGUUAUGAGCAGCCUAUCGGUGGAAAAGGAGCUUCCUUGCAUCCAACAUAGCUGGACUUUCUGGCAAAGCUCGUGGGCUUUUGCUUGCUCUGGAUCCUGCAGAUGACUUCUCUUCAUCUGACCUCCAGUUCUUGGGACUUGAACUAGCAGCUUACAUGGCAGCCUUGGAAUUUGUCAGCCUCAGCAGCUACAUGAGUCAGGUGAAGCCUCCAGCCUGACCCACAGACUUAGGACUUUUCAGGCUCUACAACCUUGUGAGCCAUUUCCUUGAUAUAUAUAUAUAUAGUGAGAGAGAGAGAGCACUGUGUGUGUGUGUAUAUGUGUGUGCGUGUGUGCCUAUAUGCACACACAUGCUCUACUGAUUUUGCUUUUCUAGAAAACCUAGCCUAAGACACUUAGUAUAUACUCAAAAGAAUUAAAAGCAGGAACAAAAACAGAAACUUGUACACCAAUGUUAGUCACAAUAGCCAAAAGAUGGAAACAACCCAAACGCCCAUCAACAGAUGAAAGGGUAAACAAAAUGUGGUAAGUCCAUAAGUGGAAUAUUAUUCAGCCAUAAAGAGAAACGAAUUCCUGAUACAGGUGACAGCGUGGAUGAAACUUGAAAACAUUAUGCUGUGUGAAAUAAGUCAGUCACAAAAGGAUGAACCAUCUCACUUACACGAAACGGACAAAUAUAGAGAAACCAAAGUUGACUAGUGGCUGCCAUGACUGGAAGGGAAAAGGAAAGGGGAAACCAUCGCCUGGGGGCAGGGAGUUUCUGUUAAUGGCGGUGGAAUAAUUUGGAAAAGGUGAGGGUUGUACAACAUAAUGAAUAUAAUCAAUGUCACUGAAUUGUAAGUGGAAAAGUUGUUGAAUUGGCAAAUGUUUUGUUAUAUAUAUUUUAUCACUAUAAAGAAAUUAAUUUAAAAAAAUGGAAUUAUCAAAACUAGGUUAUGCUCUGUUAUUAUGGGCAUGUAGCCAUACCGAAGAAUCUGGCAAGGUUUCUACGUAGUCAUGCUCGAGGCUCACAGAAUAGCUAAAGCAUUCAAAAUGAAGUCUUUAUUUUUGAUUUCUUAAAUCUGGCAUGCUAAAUAACAAGUUUGCAAAUCUCAGAUAAGUUUGUGUUAGGCUUUUAGAAGUAGUAAAGAGUUGCGUGUUUUGGUUUGUUUUGUAUAAUCUUUAUCUGGCUUUAUUGCACGUUUGGUGUAUGCAGGGCUCCGUGCUGUGACAUAUUGUUGGAGGAACAAAGAAAGCUUUUAGAGAUGGCUUCUGCCUUUCUGGAAUUUACACGCUGAGUAGAAGAAACAGAGUUAUGCACAGUUUAGUGCCUCCAACAAUAACCGUUAGCUUCUUACUUGUAACCUGAGAAGGCUGGCAGCAGGUCACUAUUUUGUCCGGGGUUUACGAGAACUGAACUGAAUUGGAAAAUGUUAUUUGCUUUAACAAAACAGCUUACUCUUGUGUAACGUUAAACUGUGUCAGGCAGGCAAAUAAAUGGAGAAAACCUUGUUUAUAAAAUUGCCUGCUUCUGGUUUCACUUCACUGCUUUUAAGGUUCCAAGACUGAGAAAAAGAAUGAAGAUUUUGUUGCUUGGUAUUUUUCUGCUCUUAUACAGCACCUCAGCCUGGGCAAAAGAUAAGCAUUAUUACAUUGGAAUUGUUGAAACAACUUGGAACUACGCCCCUGACAAUGGAGAAAAGAAACUUAUUUCGGCUGACACAGAACAGGCCAAUAUCUAUCUUCAAAAUGGCCCGGAUAGAAUUGGAAGAGUAUACAAGAAGGCCCUUUAUCUGCAGUUCACAGAUGGAACCUUUGUGACGAGUAUAGAAAAACCACCCUGGCUGGGAUUUUUAGGCCCUGUUAUCAAAGCUGAGAUUGGAGAUAAAGUUUUUGUACAUUUAAAAAACCUUGCCUCCAGGCCCUACACCUUUCAUCCACAUGGAAUAACUUACUAUAAGGAACAUGAGGGGGCCAUUUACCCUGACAACACCACCGGUCUUCAAAAAGCAGAUGACAAAGUACAUCCAGGUGAACAGUACACAUACAUAUUGCAUGCCGGAGAAGAACAAAGUCCUGGUGAGGCGGACAGCAACUGUGUGACCAGAAUUUAUCAUUCCCACAUUGAUGCUCCUCGAGAUAUCGCCUCAGGGCUCAUCGGACCUUUAAUACUCUGUAAAAAAGGUUCUCUGGAUAAAGAAAAACAAAAACACAUUGACCAAGAAUUUGCGGUGAUGUUUUCUGUGGCGGAUGAAAAUUUCAGCUGGUACCUAGACGAAAACAUUGAAACAUACUGCUCUGAACCACAGAAAGUUGACAAGGACAAUGAAGACUUCCAGGAGAGUAACAGAAUGUAUUCUGUGAAUGGAUACACUUUUGGAAGUCUCCCGGGACUCACCAUGUGUGCAGAGGACAGAGUGAAAUGGUAUCUUUUUGGCAUGGGUAAUGAAGUUGAUGUGCACGCUGCUUUCUUUCAUGGACAAGUGUUGACUAGCAAGAACUACCGAAUUGAUACAAUCAAUCUGUUUCCUGCUACCCUUGUUGAUGCAUUUAUGGUGGCCCAGAACCCAGGAGAAUGGAUGCUUAGCUGUCAGAAUCUAAACCAUCUCAAAGCUGGCUUACAGGCCUUUUUCCAGGUGGAGGACUGCAAGAAAGCUUCAUCUAAGGAUGAUAUGCCUUGGAAGAAUGUCAGACACUACUACAUUGCCGCUGAGGAAAUCAUCUGGAACUAUGCACCCUCUGGGAUAGACAACUUCAGCCAAGAAAACUUAACGGCACCUGGAAGUGAGUCACAGGUGUUUUUUGAACAAGGUGCUACAAGAAUUGGAGGCUCUUAUAAAAAGCUGGUUUAUCGUGAGUACACAGAUGCCUCCUUUGCAACCCGAAAGGAGAGAGGCCCCGAAGAGGAACAUCUUGGCAUACUGGGUCCUGUCAUUUGGGCAGAGGUGGAAGACAUCAUCAGAGUUACCUUCCGUAACAAAGGAGCAUAUCCCCUCAGCAUCGAGCCAAUUGGGGUGAGAGUCGAUAAGAACAACGAGGGCACCUACUAUGCUGCACGGAACCCCCCGAAAGGAAGUGUGCCUCCUCCUCCUGCCUCCCAUGUGGCACCUGAUGCAACAUUCACCUAUGAGUGGACUGUCCCUGCAGAAGUAGGACCCACCUAUGAUGACCCCGUCUGUCUAUGUAAGAUGUAUUAUUCGGCUGUGGAUCCCACCAAAGAUAUAUUCACUGGGCUUAUCGGGCCCAUGAAAAUAUGUAAGCAAGGAAGUUUACAUGCAAAUGGGAGACAGAAAGAUGUAGACAAGGAGUUCUAUUUGUUUCCCACAGUGUUUGAUGAGAAUGAGAGUUUACUCCUGGAUGAUAAUAUUAGAAUGUUUACAACGGCCCCUGAUCAGGUGGAUAAGGAAGACGCAGACUUUCAAGAAUCUAAUAAGAUGCAUUCCAUUAAUGGAUUCAUGUAUGGGAAUCAGCCUGGUCUCAACAUGUGCAAAGGAGAUUCAGUUGUGUGGUACUUAUUCAGUGCUGGCAAUGAGGCCGACAUACAUGGGAUAUACUUUUCAGGAAACACGUAUCUGUCAAAAGAAGAAAGGAGGGACACAGCAAACCUCUUCCCCCAAACAACUCUCACACUCUUGAUGGACCCCGACACUGCAGGGACUUUUGAUGUUGAGUGCCUCACAACGGAUCACUACACAGGAGGCAUGAAGCAAAAAUAUACUGUGAGCAAAUGCAACCAGGUGUUCACUGAUUCAACCUACUACCUGGGAGAGAGGACCUACUACAUCGCAGCAGUGGAGGUGGAAUGGGAUUAUUCCCCACACAGAGAUUGGGAAAAAGAGCUGCACCAUUUACAAGAGCAAAAUGCUUCAAAUGUAUUUUUAGAUAAGGGAGAUUUCUUCAUAGGCUCAAAGUACAAGAAAGUUGUGUACCGGCAAUACACUGACAGCACGUUCAGCACUCCAGUGGAGAGAACGGCAGACGAAGAACAUCUGGGAAUUCUAGGUCCACAACUUCAUGCAGAUGUAAGGGACAGAGUAAAUAUUAUCUUCAGGAAUAUGGCCACGAGGCCAUACUCAAUACAUGCCCAUGGGGUGAAGACAAGCAGUUCCACAGUAACUCCAACGUUACCAGGUGAAACUCGGACUUAUGUAUGGGAAAUCCCAGAAAGGUCUGGAGCUGGACAAGAGGAUACAGCCUGUAUUCCAUGGGUUUACUAUUCAACUGUGGAUCAAGUUAAGGACCUCUAUAGUGGAUUAAUCGGCCCACUGAUUGUCUGCCGGAAGCAUUACUUAAAAGUACAUAAUCCCAUAAAGAUACCGGAAUUUUCCCUGCUGUUUCUAGUUUUUGAUGAGAAUGAAUCUUGGUAUUUAGAUGACAAUAUCAAAACAUACUCUGAUCACCCUGAGAAAGUAAACAAAGACAAUGAGGAAUUUAUAGAAAGCAAUAAAAUGCACGCAAUCAAUGGAAGAAUAUUUGGGAACCUGCAAGGUCUCACAAUGCACGUGGGAGAUGAAGUCAACUGGUAUCUGAUGGGAAUGGGCAAUGAAGUAGACUUGCAUAGUGUGCAUUUCCACGGCCACAGCUUCCAAUACAAGAACAGGGGCAUGUAUAGUUCUGAUGUCUUUGACAUUUUCCCUGGGACAUACCAAACCCUAAAAAUGUUUCCAAGAACACCCGGAAUCUGGUUACUCCACUGCCACGUGACUGAUCACAUUCACGCCGGAAUGGAAACCACUUACACCGUUCUACCAAAUGAAGCAUCUUCUCAGACGCAGAGGAAGAUAUGGAACGUGAACUACCCGUUUACGGUCAGCCUGACACUCUUCUUUCAGGUGUCUACCAAGCAGUGGCUAGGAGACUAAGGUUGGUCCCUUUCCUUUCUGUGUGUUUAGUAAUCAAUCACCUUCACGUGGAUAAUUUCCUGACUAUAAAACAGCAAAGAGGAAACAAGGUGGCAAUCUCUCACGCACGGGAUCUCCCAAGGUGAGAGAAAACACAGGUUAUUUCUGUAUUCAACUUCUGAUUAAAUGGAACGAUAGGCAGAAAAAGAAAGGAACAAGGCAGGGAUAACCCAAAUCGUAGUUAAAAGGAAAUCAGUCAAAACUUGGUACAAAAUGCAUUGGAUCUGUGAAAUUUUACUUAGCUUUGUCCAUAUUGUCAAGAAAUGUAAGAAUAUUACCAAAAAAAAAAACCC